UACAUCAGAAAGAUUUAUUUUCACUCAUGUAUUGGCAUUUUUCAUUUGCAGCCUGCAGUGUCUCAUUCCUGAUCUGCUUGAUCACCAUCCAAAACAGAAGAGCACAAUGGAAGAUAGACAAAUUGAACAUAUUAUGUUUCUGUCUACAUACAUUGUUACAUUUCUCAUUGGUUUUCCAGCUAAUGCAGUGGCAUUCUUCAUCUUUGUACGCAAAAUCUUCCGUAAACCUAUUCCAAUAGACAUCUUCUUGCUAAAUCUUACCGUAUCGGAUCUCAUCUUCCUAUCCUUCCUGCCAAUAAAAAUGAAGGAGGCUGCUGACAGAAUGAUAUGGAACAUGCCCUACAUCCUGUGCCAACUAAAUAUAUUCUUGUUCUUUCUCCCUAUCUAUUCCAGCAUUUUGUUUUUGACUGCAAUCAGUGCAGAGCGUUUUGUGUGUGUAGCAUUUCCAGUUCUUUACAAAGCACGAAGAAGAAUCAUAUACUGUCUGGCAGUUAGUGUCUCUUUUUGGGUGUUGGCGGUUUCAAAUGCAUCUGUUGCCUACUGGGCUGGAUACAACAACUUCAGUGAAAAUGACAAUAUCUCAGAGAAGCUUACCCCAGUGAUGGAAGGCCAACAAUGCUACGCUAACUUCACUAAAGAGCAGCUCAAAGUCCUACUUCCUGUACGUCUACAUAUUGUACUGGUAUUUUUCUGCAUCCCGUUCGUGGUCUGCUGGUUCUGCUACAUAAACUUCAUACGCAUCUUGUCCAAGCUGCCCCAUAUUGGACGCCGUCGUAAGCUGAGGGCCAUUGGACUGGCCUUAGGGACGCUAUUGGUGUUUUGUGUUUGCUUUGCGCCAUACAACGCCUCCCAUGUGGUGGGUUACAUCAAAAGAGAAAACCCUCCAUGGCGCAUGAAAGCAGUCAUGCUGAGUACAUUAAAUGCUAGUCUGGACCCAGUUAUAUUUUAUUGUACCUCCUGGGAAGUGAGGAAGAUUUUUAAAAGAGGUCUAAAAAGGUUGUGUGGAAAAACCUGUACAUCAGUGUCUUCUAACCACAGCACACAAUAACAAAAUUCUAAUUCAGUUUUCUCAACAAUUAUUUUGGGAUCCUUAAAAAGGCUGUAAUUUAUGUUAAAUAUAUCCCUCAAAGGUCUUAAAAAUGCAAAUGACAAUAAAUACACUUCUGUUUUUAUGUCCUCACAUUGCAAUUCACAAUUUCCAGAUUUCAUAUAGUUGCUAUCUAAUGAAAAUCAAGUAUUUCCAAAACAGCAACUUUACAGGAGAGAGAUCAAACCUUCUUAAAUUUGAAUGGAAGUCAAUGUAAAAAGAGUUUA